ACUAAUAUUGAGAUGGUGGAAGAAAAAGCCAAGAAUUAAACAAUAUAGGAAGGAGCAAAUAAGAAAGAAAGAAACAGUGUCUUCCAUUUUGAACUGAGAAGCAUUCCAUGGAAAAACAUCGCCACCCGCACGACGAAAGUCUCAUGCGGGGUUAGAAAUGCGGCAUUCCAUGGAAGAGAACCCUAACCUCUCUCUCACUCACGAUUCUUCCCUUUCCUCUCCGGAAUUCUUCAAACAAGUCCAAGCUGCUCUCAAGCGCCAUCGCCCUCUCGCCGUUAAUGCCUCUUCAGCUUCAACCCAAUCCCAUACCCUGAGGCCAAAGCGCUCCAUGGUGGCGCACCGAAACGUCGCAAACAGGUCCGAAGGGGAACCUCCGUCCAUUUCGGACACGUUCACCGGUGAAGGUUGUAAGAACGAACCCUCUCUGCCCGUGGAAUCUCAUAGUGUUGGUGCGCACAAGAAGGUUCGUUUUUCAACCGAGAGCAACAAUGCCACUUCACAGCCGCAGGAUAGGGCAUCAAUUGGAUUCAAUCAACAUGUGAAACACCACAAUAUGCAGCAGGCAGAGUCUGAGACUAGUUUGUUAUCUGAGGGAGGCAAGAGUUCUCUGCUUCCAAGGAGAAGAAUAGUUACUGAGGAUCAUCUCCAGCAAUUCAAAAACUUUUUGAGUCAACCAGCUACACUAUCUUCCGUAGUGGGAUUGCCAUGCCCUACAACUACAUCAGUCCAUUUAACUUCAGCUCCAAUGCCGAAUUCUAUAACUCAUUGUGCCAAUUCCUAUAUGGAUAGUGACUCGCAUGUGGCUGCAGAACCUUAUGAUAACCUGAAUGUCAAUCCUCAUCCUAUAACACAAAGGGCUGUUAAAUCACCAUAUGAUUCUCUGAAAGACACCAAUAGAAUGUCAAUUGAUCAAGUGGCAAGUGCAGUUCAAGAAUAUAAUUCACUAAAUGAGGCAGAGAUGACAUUUAAGCACAGUGACCCAUCUAAGGAGCAACAAGGAUGUUUGCUAAAGGAAACUAGUAAAUAUACUUCUUGUUGUAAUGACAUGUUAAGUAACACGGACAAGCCUGCAGCUGUUACCAACAUACUGCCUCAGGGUCUGACUUCAUCUUCAGAUACAAAGCUGGAAUCUUCUAGGUUAGAAAAGCAAGAAAAAAAUGCAAGUUGUAAAGGACCUUCAGUCGCUCGAAAGAGGACCUAUGACCCUGAGUUGUUUUUUAAAGUCAAUGGCAAGCUUUAUCAAAGGCUUGGCAAGAUAGGAAGUGGUGGAAGCAGUGAGGUGCACAAAGUGAUUUCAUCAGACUGUACUAUCUAUGCACUUAAAAGAAUAAAACUAAAGGGUCGUGAUUAUGCCACAGCAUACAGCUUUUGUCAGGAGAUCGAGUAUCUAAAUAGGCUGAAAGGAAAGAAUAAUAUUAUCCAGCUUAUAGAUUAUGAGGUGACUGACAAGGCUUUGUUUGAGGGAGUCAUGAAUGGCUCCUCCAGUAGUAAAGAUGGUAGAGUCAAGGAUGAUGGAUACAUAUACAUGGUGCUUGAAUAUGGGGAAAUUGAUUUGGCUCAUAUGUUGUCUCAAAAGUGGAAGGAACUAGAUGGGAACAACCAGACUAUAGAUGCGAAUUGGCUUCGGUUUUAUUGGCAGCAAAUUCUUCAGGCUGUCAACACAAUUCAUGAAGAACGUAUUGUGCAUUCUGACUUGAAGCCAGCUAACUUCCUCCUUGUCAAAGGUUCAUUAAAACUGAUUGAUUUCGGUAUAGCCAAAGCAAUAAUGAGUGAUACAACAAACAUCCAACGUGAUUCACAGGUAUUUCAUUCUUGUACCAUGGUUAUCAAUCUCAGUUUGCAGCUUGUAGGAGGAACCAGGAUGACUGCAGUUUUAAAUAUAGUAGCACAAGUAAUUUGUACUACACCCAUCAAUCUAGGAACAAUAAGGUUAUUGUAUUGAGGUAAAGAAAUGAAAGAUAAUGGUGUGAAUUAAUAGAAAGAACAAAAAGAAUUAGAAAAAAAUCAGCUGAAUGUGAAUGUUGAAGUUCAUGGGAAGAGUGAUAGGUUCCUGACCUCCAUAAGGAAGCCUCAUAAGUUUUAUACACCUGCAGGCCCGAAUAUCCAGGGCCUAUGUAGAGAUUUAGUUACAGAGAGAGGUCUAAUGCUGUAGUGGGAGUCUAGAGUAUACAGUGACUUGGAAAAGGCUUUGCCUCUUGCGUUGAUUCUUUAGUUUAGAAAUCAGAUUCCUCUUAUUAGAAAGUUUCUCUAAAGAAAGAAUGGUAGACAGGAAAAAAACAGUCUGGUAAAGCAUGAAGGAAGAAAUGUCAAAAACUGAGCCAUCCUUUUGUGUAAUGGUCAAGGAAUAAAUGCUCCAAAUUCUAUUGUGUUUUAGAAACAAAAAUGCAUAAUAAAAUGGGUGAGAAAUCACAAUUUUACCCCAAAACCUAAUGAAUAUUGUUCAAGUCAAGAAAGAGACAUUUUGUAACCUAGAUCACAAUGUUGCAGCAAU